GCUGCUUGAGGAAGUAGACAACACACCAUAAAACAAACCUCUGAGCAUCCUCCUCCAUAAUUCGAAAGACAAAAUGGCAGAGGCAGUACUCAUUUCAAACCUCACACAGGAAUGGGUGGAGAGUCUGCGGAGGUGGCAUCUAGAAUAUUUUUUCAUCCCUACCACGGUCAUCACUUUGGCCUCCUUUCUAGCCAACCCUGUUCUCCUGGCAUGCAUCUUUCUGUCCCGUGCUUUGCGUCAGGAGACACGUUACCUGCUGGUGGCCAACACCCUAACGGCAGACAUGCUCUUCCUCGUCCUCAACCUUGCCACAGUGAUCUGUAAUGCUGCACAAGCUCAAAUGCCCUGGCUGGUUUGUGAGCUGCUCACUGCUGUCUCUGUCAGCGCCUACUGCUGUGCCAUCCUCACGGUCACCCUCAUGGUGGUAGACACAUACGCUGCGGUUCGCUGGCCCCUCCAUUACCAUGACAUUCUUCCACCUGCCCGCACCCACCGCAUACUGGCGGGAGUGUGGGUGCUGUCUGCCGUAUACCCUUUCACACUGUUGAUAAUGAUGAAGGUGGGGAGGGAAAACCCCCAUGAAAAGAUGGCCGUGUGCCUGGUCCUCAUCUCCCUCGGCUUCAUCCAGGUCAACAUGACAGGGAUCCACAUCUACUUCUUUGUAACUGCACUCAUCUGUACUGUGCUCAUUUUGUACUGCUAUGUUCGGCUCUACAUGGUAACAAGGACCCAGGGCAUCUGGCAGAGCCGCUUCUCCAGGGCCCGGGUCACACUGCUUGUUCACGGGGUUCUGCUCCUGCUCUACUUUACCCCUGGCUUUGUUUUCAUACUGGAGCUCGCUCUUUUCCAGAGGGAAGACAUAAGUCAAGAUGUUCGAGUUUGGAUUAACACGAUCAAUAUGUGUGUUUUCAUGGUGCUACCUAGGGCAUUUGCUCCAUACCUGUAUGGGCUGAGGUACCGGGAGCUCUCUGAUACUCUAAUGCAGCUGCUGCACCAGCACAGGAGACUCAGCCAGAUCACAGUUUGAUAAGGACACAUAUGAACUGUCCAUUAUUCAUUCUCAACAUCUCCAAUUAAUUACUUGUGACAUACAUACAUAUUUUACAUGGUUUCUCAGUUGCCCUACAGUCAACAAAGAGGUCACUGCAAGGCAGUAGCCAGGGUUUUAGAAAUACUGAGGUUAUAUGAGAGUCCAAAUUUUUUUUUAUUCUAUAUUAAUUUAAAAUAUAUUGUUUGUUAGUGUAUAAUGUCUAAAUGCUCUUUAAAAACACACUCCACAAUGCUAAGAAUGUAAUUCUGGUAGAGAAACAGUAAAAUCCCUCUAUUUGAUCUUAUUGUUUGGCCUACAUGAGUCAAAUUUAAGAAUAGUGACACCAUGUAUAAUUUGUAUGUAAAUAUUGAACUAUGGACUUGGCUGCAGUGUUGUCAAUGGUUGCUUGUGACCUUUCCGUGUUUUAUACAUAUGGUGUUUGCUUCACCUCAGACACCACUUCUUUGUCGUAAUUAUUCUAAAAAAUAGGUGUCACAUGUCAGCAUCGCUGUAGUACUUGCAAAAAAGCAAGUACUACAGCGAUGCGUUUGCACAUAGGGGCAACUUGGCCAGCAACUUUUUCCCUGGAAGGGCUCCCAUCAGGGCUCUUCUUCUGGGAUCAAAAAACGUGGUCACCCCAGUCCUAUCCUCUCUUCAUCAGCUCCCUGCUCAGUUAAGAAUUCAAUCUAAGGCAUUGCUGAUUAUCUUCAAGGGUCUUUAUGUUCAGGCCCCAGCUUAUAUCUCAGAUCUUAUCCACUGGCUCGCUGCUCCUAGGUCUCUUAGAUCUGUCAAUAAAUCUCUCUUGUAUGUCUCACGGUCUGGACUAAAACUUAAAGGUCACAGAGUCUUUGCAGUUGCUGCUCCACGACUGUGGAACCAGCUGCCAUUAGAUAUUUGAUGUGCCCCUUUUUAGCCCACUAAUCUUUGAAUCAGUUGUCAUGUCUACACCUCUGUAUUUGUCAUUUGCUGUUUAUUGUUGUUAUAUUUAGCUUUGUUGGUCUUACUUUUUACUUUAUAUGUACAGCACUUUGAUCAGUUUAGCCUGUGUUUGUACUUGACUUAACUUGUUAUGUGUGUUUAAAGCUAAAAUUUAAAGCUUAUAUGUCUUAGUUGUUGCUAACCGCAUUUUGUAGAUGCUUGCAAAUGUGACUUUUGUUCUAGGCCUUAAGAGCUCUUUUAACCGCUCUGUGUAUCCAAAUGAGAAUGAACUCCCUUGUUUUUCAAGUUUAUGU